GGGCGGUGCACCAUGGGCGGGCGGUGCGCCCUGGCCCUCGCCGUACUCUCGGCCCUGCUGUGCCAGGUCUGGAGCUCCGGGGUGUUCGAGCUGAAGCUGCAGGAGUUCGUCAACAAGAAGGGGCUGCUGGGGAACCGCAACUGCUGCCGCGGGGGCGCGGGCCCGCCGCCGUGCGCCUGCAGGACCUUCUUCCGCGUGUGCCUCAAGCACUACCAGGCCAGCGUGUCCCCCGAGCCGCCCUGCACCUACGGCAGCGCCGUCACUCCGGUGCUGGGCAUCGACUCCUUCAGCCUCCCGGACGGCGCGGGCGCGGACCCCGCCUUCAGCAACCCCAUCCGCUUCCCCUUUGGCUUCACCUGGCCGGGAACCUUCUCUCUGAUCAUUGAAGCUCUCCACACAGAUUCUCCGGAUGACCUUGCAACAGAGAACCCAGAAAGACUUAUCAGCCGCCUGGCCACACAGAGGCACCUGGCAGUUGGGGAGGAGUGGUCCCAGGAUCUGCACAGCAGCGGCCGCACGGACCUCAAGUACUCCUACCGCUUUGUGUGUGAUGAGCACUACUUUGGCGAAGGCUGCUCCGUCUUCUGCCGCCCCCGAGAUGACGCCUUUGGCCACUUCACCUGCGGGGAGAGAGGGGAGAAAGUCUGCAACCCUGGCUGGAAGGGCCAGUACUGCACAGAGCCCAUCUGUUUGCCAGGGUGCGAUGAGCAGCACGGAUUUUGUGACAAGCCAGGGGAAUGCAGGUGCAGAGUGGGCUGGCAGGGCCGGUACUGCGACCAGUGCAUCCGGUACCCAGGCUGUCUCCACGGCACCUGCCAGCAGCCCUGGCAAUGCAACUGCCAGGAGGGCUGGGGGGGCCUUUUCUGCAACCAGGACCUCAACUACUGCACACACCACAAGCCCUGCAGGAACGGGGCCACCUGCACCAACACGGGCCAAGGGAGCUACACGUGCUCGUGCCGGCCUGGGUACACGGGGGCCAACUGCGAGACGGAGGUGGACGAGUGCAGCGUCGGGCCUUGCAGGAACGGAGGGAGCUGCACGGACCUUGAGAACAGCUACUCCUGCACCUGCCCACCCGGCUUCUACGGCAGGGUCUGCGAGCUGAGUGCCAUGGUGUGUGCCGACGGCCCCUGCUUCAAUGGGGGCCGGUGCUCCGAUAACCCGGAGGGCGGGUACACCUGCCGCUGUCCUGGGGGCUUUUCUGGCUUUAACUGUGAGAAGAAGAUGGAUUCCUGCAGUUCCUCGCCUUGUUCCAAUGGUGCGCAGUGCGUGGACCUCGGCGACGCUUACGUCUGCCGCUGCCAGGCCGGCUUCUCUGGGAGGCACUGUGACGACAACGUGGACGACUGUGCCUCCUCCCCGUGUGCCCACGGGGGCACCUGCCGGGACGGCGUGAACGAGUACUCCUGCACCUGCCCCCCCGGGUACACGGGCAGGAACUGCAGUGCCCCCAUCAGCAGGUGCGGGCACGCGCCCUGCCACAACGGGGCCACCUGCCACGAGCGGGCCUUCCGCUACCUGUGCGAGUGUGCCCGGGGCUACGGGGGCCCCAACUGCCAGUUCCUGCUCCCCGAGCCGCCCCCGGGCCCCGUGGUGGUGGACCUCACGGAGCAGUACGUGGAGGGCCAGGCCGGCCCACUCCCCUGGGUGGCCGUUGGGGCGGGAGUGGUGCUGGUCCUCACACUGCUGCUGGGCUGUGCCGCCACGGUGGUCUGCGUGCGGCUGAGGCUGCAGAAGCGCCGGCCCCCUGCAGACCCCUGCCGGGGGGAGACGGAGACCAUGAACAACCUGGCCAGCCGCCGGUGCGAGAAGGACGUCUCCGUCAGCGUCAUCGGGGCCACGCAGAUCAAGAACACCAACAAGAAGGCAGACUUCCAUGUGGAGCCCAGUGCGGAGAAAAAUGGCCUCACAGCUCGAGACCCCGCCGUGGGCUACAACCUGCUGCAGGGCCUCAAGGGCACCACAGCCACAGCGGAGCCCCAUGGCAAGCACGAUGCCAAGUGCCAGCCCCAGGGCUCUGCGGGGGAGGAGAAGGGCACCCCGACACUCAGAGGUGGAGAAGCGUCUGAAAGAAAAAGGCCAGACUCUGUGUACUCUGCUUCAAAAGACACAAAGUACCAGUCGGUGUACGUCAUAUCCGAGGAGCAGGACGAGUGUGUCAUCGCAACUGAGGUGUGACGUGGAGGUGACGGGGCAAGUUCCGUUCCUGCAGAACAAGGAACUUCCGAGCCCCGACGAUGCUGCUGGGAGGAGCGGACGUGCUCCUGACUGCUGCUGGAAGCCAGGUCCUCUUCCUGCCGGGGGCGGCGGGCGCUCCCGCAGCCGCUGCUCUGCCUCUAGGACGUUCCCAUUGCACUAUGGACAGUUGCUUUUAAAAAAUAUAUAUUUAAAUGAAUGGACUUGAUCACUACGUAAGAAGCACGCACUGCCUGAAGUGUAUAUUUUGGAUUCUUAUGAGCCAGUCUUCUCUUGAAUUAGAAUCACAAACACUGCCUUUAUUGUCCUUUUUGAUACUAAAAUGUGUUUUUCUAGGUGGAAAAAAUGUGCGUUAUU